AUGGCUACAUUUCCAGCACCAGUCAUCCGUUCCCAUCCCUUCAAGGAAGCCUUAAGUCCAAGUCGAGAACUGUUAGUUAUUGCCAAGAUGUGGCAAGGGUUGGGUGAAAGAGGACAUAUUUCUCUUACUAAUGAGAGGGUGGAAGACAGCUCUCCUCCAUUCAAGCUCACUGGCCCAGUUCAUCUUUGCCCCCAUCAACAGGGUCAGUUCCAGUGUGCUGCCCUGGGGAGGCACACCUUUAUACGUUCUGGGCGUGUAGGUGCAGGUGUGAGAACCUAUGUGUGUACUAGCAGGAUUCCCAUUCGUAGAAUCUUAAAUAAUGCAUCAACUGACACUACAUCUGUUCAGAUUCGAACCAUGUUAAGACAGAUAAUGACAGGUUUUAGUGAUGUGGCGAGAAUAGAUACACAGAAUGGAAGAGGGAGCUCUGGUGGUACCCGUUCUGGUUCUGGCUCCAGCUCCAGUCCUGGCUCCAGUUCCUAUGGUCAAAGUUCAGGAAGUAGGUCAGCCAUGUUUGAAGGCAGGAAUGAAGGAACCCGAAUUCUCGCACCAGGUGCCAGGAGAGUAGGCCAACAUAGGGCCCCAGUUAUCAUGGAUGAGAAUGUCUCUUCAUCAUUUAUUAGUCUGACUCGGGUUUUCUUCUUAAAUGAGAAUAACGACCAAUCUUCUGCGUCGAGAACUGCCACUCAAGGGGCAAGUUCUUCAGACACAAGUACCACUGGUGAAGAAGCUGCAAGAUCUGGUCAAAGACCUCCAACCAUCGUCCUUCAAGUCAGAAGAAUUCGUCUGAGAGAAUACCCACCGAGAGAUAGCAUAGCUAGCAGAACUCCGUCUUGGUCAAGGUCUCAGAUCCCAAACAACACAAUCUCUUAUAAUAGUGAACGUGGUUUUAGGUACACCUUUAUACGUUCUGGGCAUGUAGGUGCAGGUGUGAGAACCUAUGAGCGUACUAGCAGGAGUCCCAUUAGUAGAAUCUUAAAUAAUGGAUCAACUGACACUGCAUCUGUUCAGAUUCGAACCUUGUGGAGGCAGAUAAUGACAGGUUUUAGUGAGCUGGCAAGAAUACAAGCACAGAUUAGAAGAGGGAGCUCUGGUGGUAACAGUUCUGGUUCUGGCUCCAGCUCCAGUCCUGGCUCCAGUUCCAAUGGUCAAAGUUCAGGUAGUCGGUCAGCCAUGUUUGAAGGCAGGAAUGAAGGAACCCAAAUUCUCGCACCAGGUGCCAGGAGAGCGGGCCCACUUAGGGCCCCAGGUAUCAUUGAUGAGAAUGGCUCUUCGUCAUUUUUUAGUCUGCCUCGGGUUUUCUUCUUUAAUGAGAAUGGCGAACAACGUAGAGGACUCACAAAAGAACAGAUUGAUAAUUUGGCAAUCAGAAGUUUUGAUGAAAGUGAUGCAUUGAGGAGAUGUAGUGUUUGUAUUAGAGAAUAUACGGAAGGAGACAAACUUCGUAAGCUACCUUGCUCCCAUGAGUACCACGUCUACUGCAUCGACCGCUGGUUAUCGGAGAAUUCCACCUGUCCCAUUUGUCGCAUGGACGUCUUAUCUUCUGGGAACCGAGAAAGUGUUUUGUAA